AUGGACUCCCAUGUUCCAAAAGCCCUGGCUGAGAUAGCCGAAUCCCACCUCGCUCACACCUUGCUCCGGAAAAAACACACCCUAGCAGAUGUGCAGGCCAUCUUGCUGCUUGCGGCUUGGGGGUUGCAGAGUGGUGGAAAGGGACCUGACGCGUGGGUCUUGACAGGGCAUGCGGCACGAGUGUCCAGAAGGCUAGGGAUUCAUCGGGCCGUCGGACAAGCUGUGGCAGCUACCCAGAAGGAUCGCUCUCAGCUCGAGGCUCCGGCUGAGGUGGAUACGGCCGUGCUACGACAAUGGAGGACAUGCUUCGAUUCUUUCCUGUCAUUUGGGUUCGGUCGACCACAAUCAACUCAGUUCGAAUCCAUCGACGACCAAGCUUUCCUCAAAGCUCGCCUGUCUCAUCCGCUCCCUCGGCCAGGGACUCAAGCUAGCCUGUCGCUGUAUGGUGAUGCGUAUAUUGCAGCGAAGGCCCAAUUGGCUGUUGUUGCUCGAUCCUUUGUCUUAUGGGUAGAAGAGCAAGCGCGAAGCGGUCCUCCGGACAGUCAGUCGUUGUUGUCGAUGUUGUCGGAUCUAAACGGAAGGUUGGACGACUGGUGCAAGCUUUGGGUCUGGUCCGGAUCAUCCCAUGCGCUCUACCUCGGCGCCUCAGCACGUAUAGCUCGACUGCAGGCCGAGCACCUUCGUCUGAGCAUCAAUGCCAUGGCUCUCCGCUCGUCCACUCACAGCGAAGGUCACGAAGGCAGCAUCACAUAUCUUCGCAAAGCUCUCAACGCAGCGACGAGCACGAUACAAACACAUUUCGAAUCUAGCCAGACCGACCUUGCUCUGAGCUUUGCGACGGACUAUAUGACCAUGGCCUUUGCCCAAGCUGCGGUCUUCCUGAUCCGAUUGACGAAGGCAUCUCCCUUCGUCCAACAGGUAGUGUCGCUCGACCCCGCGGUCGUUAGCCAUUACCUCACUAUGUCGGUCGAUCUGCUCGAGCUGGGCGACAUGUCGGAAACGCGAUUGUCGACCUACUUUGCGCGAACGAUCCGAGGCAUUGCGCGUGCUGCGGGACUCGCUAUUCGUCCUGAUGAUGCUACGGCUACCACUGGUGUUGUUCCCCACGAACGAGGAGGUCAAUCUCAUACACAUGAGCAUUCGAUAUCAAUGGGAAGCGUUGACGGUGUAGGAGAUGCCGGACAGUACGACGCCGACACGUUUUGA